UUUGCAACUAAUAACAAGUCAUUUAAAUUUUAAUUCAUGUGACAAACACAAUACAGUAUGUAAUGGUUGAAUCAUUUAGUAAAAUUUAUGCAGCUUAGCUGUUAAGCGCAAGCUGUAUAUGUUAGAUUUAUUAUAUCUUAAUCAGCUUUUGCACAAAUUUCAUUUGUAUUUAAAACUCAAAAUAUUGAAAUGUGAAAAUUACACAGUUUUUUAUGUUAUUGCGAUUUCUGUUGCAUGUCAGCUUUUUUUUUAAUUUUCUAUUUCAGAAAAGUUUCUGCGUUUUAUUUUGUGCUUACAUGGAAACUUGAUAAAGUUGUAAACGGAGGUAAAGCAAGCUUGUCCUGAUGGUAGCCUCCUGCUUGGAAUCCAACAACACAUGAAUCUGCUACACUGGUCUCUAAAAAAAUUCACAUCAGAUUUAUGUUGUUUCGUGUGCAAAAUGAACGAAGCAAUAGUAUUGCGUAUUAUCGCAUUCUUAUGCGUGUUCGCUUAUACUGUGUACGCUGCAGGAUCAGUAGAACAAACUGGUUCAUUCUCGAUUGGUGAAUCGGCCACUCCGACUGUUAACCUACGUGUGCCAUUCAAAACGUUCCCGUCUGCGUUCGAAGUAACACCCAGUGUGUACUCAUGGGUUAGGAACAGUAUAAAGGGCAGCGGUGAGUUUCGAACCCAGGUGACGUCGGUUGAUCCUACCGGGUUUGACGUCACAGUGAGCCGGUAUGAUCUGCCUACAGCCGGUUGGGAUUGGUCGCCCAGUUUGGAAUGGGAUGCUCAAGUUCAGAACGAAGCGGUCAGUAUGACGUUGGCUCCAUCGGAAACAAGCACCAUGACGACCCACGUAACCUUCACCAUCCCAUAUGCUACCGUACCUGAGCUAAACGCUUGGGUAAGAGGCAACCCCGACUAUCCAGAUACAUUUUCGACGCAAGUCAAGAACCUUGACACCACUGGUUAUGACGUAACGAUCCGACGUACUGACGCCCCAACCACUGGGUGGGGCCAAAGUCCCGUGUUGUAUUGGAGCGCGGAAGAAAUUACGGAGCCAAUGACAGAAUCUGUUUCGACCAUGGGCAACUACAACGCAGCUAAUACGUACAGUAUUGGCAGUCCUUUAUGGGUGUAUACCCCUGCUCUCACAGACGACAAUGCUGGCAACUAUGACGUAAUAGGAAGGGAGAUUUACAUGUCAACGGUUCGACAGAUGCUAGUCGAAAACAGUCAAGGCGCGUUCCCAGUGACGCAAUCUACGUCAACAAAGUCCACCAUGACGUUAACAGUGCGUGGUGACACAGUAUACGUCGAUCAAACCCUCAUUAACUUCCAAGGUCUUAAAUCACUUACAAUCAAAGCAAGGAACAUUAUCUCAAACGAAGGCACUUUACAUUUGCAGGCACCGGAUGUUUGCGAAACCACAGAUGGCAGCCAGUGUUAUUACCUCACUAAAGCGGAUGAGAUGAAGGAUGGGGUGAAUGGUAAAAGUGGGGUUAAUUCACCAACUGUGGAUAUAUAUGUGCAUAAUAUCAUCGGGAAUGUUAAUGUAAUAACACAGGCAUCGAAUGGUAACGUAGCACAGUCUGGUGGUGACGGAUACCAGGGCACAGAUAAUACAUGGGAGACAGCUGGACUAGGAAACUCUGAAACUUGUGGACAGGCGUGUGGUGAUUUGUUUGGGGAGAAGAACUAUGUGGGUUACCCAGGUCCUAAUGGAGGUAAUGGGGGAGACGCAGCAAAAGCAGGGAUUCCCGGGGCUGGGGGUAACGCUGGGGCUGUUACUGUUUACACUGAGAGUUUAUCUGGAUAUAUAUAUAUGAAGCAGAUGCCUGGAACUGGGGGUUUCCCUGCUGAACAUGGGUUAGGGGGCCGUGGAGGUUAUGGAGGCACUGGAGGCUGUGGUCGUGUAUGCCACGCAUGGUUGAUGUGUAUUCUAAUUAUAUGCUGGCCUGAAUGUAACAGUGAUCCAGAUUGUGGGUCAGAUAGAGGACCCAAUGGUAUCAGUGGACAACCAGGGCUUGAUGGGUUCCAAGAAUACCCAGUUCCUGUGCCGGGUGCAGUAGGUAACAUCAACAAGGCAGAUCUUCGUCAAAAAGCUUCCGUGAAAAGUUACUUUGAAUCUGAUCUUGAGCUCUUGGAUGUGAUCCGGAGACACGGAGAGUCUCUCUUCCAGAGGAACGACAACCAAGGAGCGAGCGAUGUAUUCAACUUCCUCUUAUCUGUAACAUCAGAUACAUCUGCUAUGCACCAAGAGGUUUCACUUAAGAUGGAUAUGAUUAACGAAGGAUUUGAUUAUUACGGGCACACACAAUCUUAUGCACCAGAUCUUGACUGGUCUUAUCUAUUCACACGUACUGAAUCUAUGAUUGCAACAGGCAAAGCAUUUGAAGAUGCUUACAACAGUGUAAUGGAUGAGGUACAAGAUGUAGUUGUCGUAGCCAACACCAUCCAAUCCACAGCUUCUGCUGCUAUAUCACUCGAAGAUAGAGAGCUUGCCAACAGCGAGGUUGAAUUAGAAAGUGCGAAAAAUCUUUACGUGAAAUCUCUGCGCCAACUAGAGCGUGGAAUGAAGAGUGAAGUGUUGCAGAUCAAUAUACUCGUGCCGCUUGCUAUCGUACAAGACCAGGUCCAAGAACUUAUAUCUGGAAUACCAACUCUUAUUGGAGGCAUAGCUGGGUUUGUAGAAGGACUUAUUCACCUCAAUCCAACUGAUGCUUUCAACUCGGCUACUCAGGUACUUGAUGUGUUAUUUGGACGACCAGAUUGUGAUGCGCCAACCAUUAAAGAGGCUGCAGUUACUUUACAAGAAAGACUUGAUUUUGGAUACGAUUACAAGAAAAUUGAUCCAGAAGACUUAGAUUUUACAACUAUGGAUGCAUCAGCUGUGCCUGUUAUUAUGUUGAGUGACUUGGCUAAGAAUAAGGAACUUCUCACUAAAGAACUUGAGUGUCUGUAUGAUAACCCUGACAGUCAAAUUGUACAAGACUUGGACAGAGUAGUAGAUGAUUUCUAUAGAGACGCAGCUUUAAGAAUCUCUCUUAUUGACCGUAUUAUGAACAUAGAUGUCCAGUUAAAGGAAAUUGGUUACAACCGUGCUUUGCUUGCUGAAGCACAAACAACUGUUGAUACAGCUGCCAACUCUGCCGAAGGAAGUGUGGCGAUGGAAGUUAAACGAUCAUUCAGUGACCUUAUGUUUAGUUUGUACCAAGAAGAGGAAAACACAAUAAUGAGAUCUUUAUAUGAAUUAUCAAAGGCUUACCAGUUCUCAUGUUUAUGGGACUUUGACGCUUUGGAUAAAUACACCAACUACUUCAGUGAUGAGGUCAUGACAUCUAACUUGGGGCAACUAGAAGGAAUAUUCGAGUUACAAUUAUUACAACAAGACCUUGAAGAUCAACGAGCAGUCUUCCUUAACUUGAUUGCAUCGUCAGCAGGACCAUCUUCCCAUACAUUCAAUGCUUACUGGGAAUACGAUCAGGCCACCUACCCUGAUAUAAUUGACCAACUACACACUGAGGGUCAAUUCACUUUCAAAAUCGACGUAGACCCCAAUGACGUCACUACCACUGGAUGUCAAGAUUGUUACAAUGGUCGUUUGGUGUCGAUGUAUAUCGAGCUCGAUGGCGCCACCCAGCCAAGCACUGUACCCACCACGGUUUACAUUAAGGUCGCCCACAUGGGUGAUUCUUACUUCCUGGUCCCCGAAGCUGGGGGUGUUGUAGCCACCACACUACUUGAACAAACCCCUGAAAAUGUUGACGGCGGUCACGUGAUGUCAUACGACCAAUCAAAUCCCGUCACGUCAACGCAGGACCCGACAUUGGACGCUAAGUUCUUGAAAGCCGAAUACAAAUUCUGCGAGAAUUCAAACGAGUUCUUCGGUGUGAAGCCAUGCAAGAGUCCAUAUGCCACGUAUGUUGUAACAGUCCCAAGGAACGACGAACUGGUUUGUAGUUUAGAUCCAAACGAUGCUGUUUCAGGAACCAACUGCAGGGACCUGGACUUUACCAAAUUCACAACGGUUCGUGUAUACGCCAAGGUAAAAGCAUGGAGUGAUUAUCCAGUUCAACCAGAUCCUGUUACCAUGCAAACGUACGUAAAAGCGGUUCGUGCUAACCGUGCUCGGCAAGAAUAAGUUUGGGUAAUUCGAAGCUGGAUGUUAAUAAACGAAUUUAACAGUUAAAAGUUAUUACAAACUAAAUGCAUACAC